GUUGCAAAUGCUGCUGCUGUUGCACUUGUUGUUGCUGCAACUGCUGCUGCAACUGCUGUUGCUGAUGUUGCUGCCGUUGUUGUUGGAACUGUUGUUGCAACUGCUGCUGUUGUUGAAGUUGCUGUUGCUGUCGUUGUAACUGCUGUUGCUGCUGCAGUUGUUGUUGCAGUUGCUGUUGCUGCUGUUGUUGUUGUUGUCGCUGAGCUGCUAUUUGUUGUUGUUGCUGCUGAAGCAGAUACAUUUCCCUCUCUCGCUGUUGUUGCAUGA